AUGAGUGCAACAGUAGGCGGUUUAUGUUUCCUGUUGAUUAUUUCAGCAGUAAAUAUGUUAAAUUUACUACAAAAUGAUGCCAAUACCUUUGGACCUUACGACGUAAGCUGGACGCAAUAUAACAUGUGCAAGGGACCGAAAUCGAAAAAUGAUACUGUAAUAUUUACUAACAUCACAAACGAUGGCGGUCAUUAUAUCGCUUAUUACAAUUUAACAUUUUUAGAUGACGUUAAAUUUACAGAUGUUAAAAUAUGGGUGUAUACAUUAACGAAUAAUAGAAAAAAUUUACUUUGGACCUACAAAAUAACUGAUCCAUGCAAACAUUUUGCAAUCGCUUCUGUAGUAUUUACCUACUUAAAAACGAACUCCUGUUUUAUUAAAAAGGGUUCAUAUGUUUUUUCUAUACCUUUUGAGGAACUUACUUACGCAUUUUUUGGAUCAUCAUUUUUUUACGGAGAUUACUCUUUAAAAAGUUUAGGUACAUCUAAGCAAGGCAAUAUUAUGUGCUUAACGCUUGGUAUGAAAUUUUCGAAAAAACGUACAGAAAAAGAAACUGAAAUAAGUAACAAUUGAAGAAUGUUAAAAAAAUAUGUAAAAAUUUCAAGGA